CCGCCUUCUGCUCUUGACUCAACGAAGUUCAACGACGCGUUAUUUUAAAAGCACAUAAAUUAGACUAGUUUUUGUCAAUAAGACAUGAUGACUUACAGACAGACCAUUUCUUAUCCAGAAGAUAAGUGGCCAUAAUCAUAUCCAGCUCUCAGUGGCACAAACGAAACGUUCCUGCGAUCAGCAAAUGAAUAAAGAACAUGUUCAGUGAAUUCAAAGGGUCAUGGAGAAUUAUGAUAAAGUCCUGACUCUUGGCAGAGGAGGAGCAGGUGUUGUGAUGUUAAUGAAAAAUGUCGAUACAAAGAAAUUAUGCGCAGUCAAGAGAAUACACGUCGACAGUUCCCGAAAAACAAAGACCAAAGAUGCUGUGUUGCAAGAGGCAGAUAUUCUCAGGAGCUUAAAGCACCCUCAUAUUAUAACAUGGAUCGACACUUUCUUUGACACGACUAAUGAGCAUAUUUACAUUGUUAUGGAUUAUUGCGAUGGUGGGACGUUGGACGACCACAUUAAAGAGCAGAAGAGCGGGGAGUACUUCGCAGAAUGCAAAAUCAUGGACUGGUUUGUGCAAGUGGUCAUGGCCAUCAGCUACAUCCACUCUGAAAAAAUCCUUCACAGAGAUAUCAAGCCCUCCAACGUGCUGAUAACCAAGAGAGGCGUGAUAAAGCUUGGAGAUUUUGGAAUAUCAAAGAUCAUGAACCACACACUCGAUAUGGCCUCCACUUGUGUGGGAACCCCAAGUUAUCUGAGUCCCGAACUGUGUCAGGAUGUCCCAUACAGCACCAAAUCUGACAUAUGGGCUGUUGGAUGCCUGCUAUAUGAGCUCUGUGCCCUCAAACCAGCUUUCGAAGCUAAAAAUCUCCUGAGUCUGUUUUACAAAAUCAUAAAAGGAGAGUACACCCAGAUCCCCCAGAGGUACUCAGAAGGCAUCCAUAUAUUAAUCGAGAAAAUGCUGUCCUUGGUCCCUGAGAAUAGACCGAGUGCGAGCAAUCUACUUAGCAUGACCUAUAUGCAAGAACAUCUGGGAAACUUCAUUGCGUAUCAGGAGAAAGAACUUACGAAGGUGAAUGCUGAAUCCAGACCUCAAACAAAAGAAGAUUUUAAUGGAGAAAUGGCAACUAUGGAAAGAAGAACAGAUAGCGCCUCAGCUCUGCAAACGGAGACGUCAUGCGGUGCUGAGGAGGAAGUGUUUCAUGAAGGAACAGAGUCUGAUUAUUCAGAGGACUUUGAUGAACAUGAUAGCUGUGCCUCCUCAGAGGAAGUUUAUAGAGAAGACGUGUCCUCCAGCCUCGCCAAUGUGGCUGAAGAGGCUUUUGAGGAAUCAAGUGUUGUGUCUGAAGAUGAAGACAUCUCUGACUAUCCAGAUGACUUUGAAGAAGCCGAGGAUGAUGACCUGGCUGAAGUGGUCAGCUACGCCAGAGACGCCAUGAACUGUGUUUCAGAGAACGACAUGCUUGAUGUAGAACUGGAACUCAAAGAUGCAGGCGGCUUUUCUGUCACGAUGAAAGUGUUAAAAGAGAAAUACAUGGAAGAUGUUGGUGCCUCGGUCUAUGAGGAAAUCAGCGGGCACUUUCUAAAUGGACUCACGCCAGAAGACCUGCAGCCACAAUUCCAGCACAUGAUCGGCACAGACCAUCUGGAGACCUGCUACCUCAUUUUCAACCUUGACCAAGAGACCACAUGCUGAAUCAUGUCUGUUCAUAUGCUAAUUAUAAGUAAUAUUAUGAAAUAAUGAGGUCUUGUAAAUAUUUGACAUAAAAAAAACGGGACGUUUGCAUUAGGAAUUCAGUACUCCUUAGAAAGUGCUGCCUCGUGUAACCAGUAGGUGGCACUCUGUAGUAAGAAAUUGUAGUCUUGCUUAAACACACCAAUCCAGAAAAUGAGCACAUCAUAGUCUCCCAUCUCGACACUAUUAGUCACAUGACAGGGACUAAAGCAUAAAACUGCUGCAUUUUAAAUUCACUAUAUAGUGAAAACAGAAAUUCAUUAACGGUAGCACGCAGUCGAUGUAACCCAUUUUUCUGCACAGGUCUGAGAAAUGAUCUCUCAACAUAUUCAUUAAACGAUGCUUGUAAAUGUAAAAAUAGUGGAUGAUAUCUUGUGCGCAUUUCAAGAGACAUUUGCUGAAUUUGGAAAUUUAUGGGCCACAGCUGCAGUUGUUUUCCACUUAAGGCGUUUUCCCUUUAACUUGCCCAGAUUAUUUCUAUGGGGAAUUAGCAUGUGAUCAAGAAACUGCCAUGUGUAACUGUAUGAAGGACCCUGUAUUGUAUUUCAUUAGGAAUGUUGACAAUCUGCCUCUAGAGGAAAGUGUGUUAUCAAGCCAGCGCUAGCAUGGGAAAGCUGCAUCAAUUUCUUUUGCCAGACAUCGAUGUCCUCACAUAAUGAGGUUUUAGCUGUAGAUGGUCUUCGCAUUUAGUUUUUUUUAUACCUCUUUAUUGUAUUGAUGACAUUUAGAGACAAAUUCUCAAAUUGCAUCAGUUCCAGGUAGGGUCUGUUUUUAUAUUGUAUUUAAAUAAUUUUUCAGAAUUAUUAUGGUCCACAAGUACUUUAUACCAAAAGGGUCUUCAGUAAAGACAUGCGAAUCCUUGUUCAUCAGAAAUCAAGGCCAUGUUGAUGUCAAAACAAGUGUGUGUUUUACAGAUGGAGUGGAACAGAUGUAGAAUACCUCCAGCUAUUACGUUACAAACUUAAAAAAUUAAAGCAAGACAACUUAGAACAUUAAAAAUGCAAAGUCAUUCCCAUAAAAUACAUUUAUUUUUCAUGUCAUGUCCUGGAAAGAGUAAAGCACGGAUAGAGGAGUAAUUCAGGAUAGCGCUUUAAACAUUUUUUCCAUAAGCCUGAUGGAUUGCAGUGUGUUUCUUUAUUUAUCCGUCUAUGCAUUGAGUGGAUGAGAGACCAGAAUAGAUGCAGACAGGCCUGAGACCGCUUUGAGUCGCAAUCACCUCUGUGCCUUGUCACUUUAAAACCUGUCAAUAUUUCAUCCAUAGUAAAACUAGGGACUGGAGGAGCUUGUCACUUGUGUCUUCGGGGCUUAGUACUAAGUUUGAUGCAUUAUUGACUGAUUGCUGCAUGAGUGCUCCACCCUUCAGCUCAAAUGUGUUUCUUCUUGCUUUUUUUUUUUGUUUGCAUAUUAUUCAAAAAUGAGGCUAGGGUCCUAAUUAAGAAUCUUUCUUUGUUUUUGAGUUGGAGUUUGUA